AUGGAUAUCAUUGAAGAUAAAUAAGAUAUAGAAUUUUACUUUUCGAUUGACAGAGGAGGCACUUUCACUGACAUUUAUUGUGAUAUUCUUCAUGCCAAGUAAAUGAGAUUAGAGUCAAGAAUCUUAAAAUUGUUGUCUGUUGAUAAAAAAAAUUAUGAGGAUGCUCCGACAGAGGGUAUCAGAAGAAUAGUCUCUGAAGUUAUUGGGAUUGAAAUACCAAGAUAGAACAAGAUUCCAACCAGUUAAAUAAAGAGUAUAAGAAUGGGAACAACAGUUGCUACUAAUGCACUUUUAGAAAGAAAAGGAGAAAGAACGGCACUGAUAAUUAAUAAGGGCUUAAGUGAUAAACCAGAUGAUAUCUAUGAGGAAGUAGUGGAAGUAGCUGAAAGAAUAAGGCCAUUUAAAGAUUUUGAUAAUGACAAUCACAUUUAAAGGAUUGUUACUGGCUUAAAUAAUGAAAAAUUUGUCAUAGUAGAAGAACUUGACUUAUAAUAGGUUAAAGAAUCGCUGAAAUAUUUGAAAGAUGAGAGAAAGUUCAACAGUGUUGCUGUGGUUUUGAUGCAUUCAUAUGGAUUUCCAAAUCAUGAAAUAGAAAUAGGAAAAAUAGCUAAAGAAGUCGGCUUCAAUUAAAUAUCACUGAGUCACUAAGUAAUGUCAAGAGUCAAAAUUGUUAAAAGAGGAUCCACUUGCUGUGUAGAUGCUUACCUAAACCCACAUAGUAAUUAAGAUUAUGUUAAAUUUAUAGUUUAGAGAUACCUUUCUGAGUUUAAAUUAGGAUUUGAUGAGGAUCUUUUAUUGAACUCAAAAGUGUUCUUUAUGCAAAGUGAUGGAGGCUUAGCUCCAAUCGACCAUUUUUCAGGAUCAAAGGCAAUCUUGUCUGGUCCUGCUGGAGGAGUCAUCGGAUUUUCUUAAACUUCGAAUGAUUUCCAAAUGAAAGAACUUGGCCUGAAAAAUGAAGAAAUAAUGCCAGCUAUUGGAUUUGAUAUGGGAGGUACCUCGACAGAUGUAUCAAGAUUUCAUGAAUAGUAUGAACAUAUAUUUGAAACAACAAUUGCAGGUGUUUCUAUUCAGGCACCAUAAAUGAAUAUAAAUACUGUUGCAGCUGGAGGAGGCUCUAGACUUUUCUUUACGAAUGGUCUUUAUCGAGUUGGACCAGAAUCAGCUGGAGCUGAUCCUGGCCCAGUAUGCUACAGAAAAGCUGGAGGAUAACUUACUGUAACUGAUGCUAAUCUUAUAUUAGGAAGAUUAUUACCUCAAUAUUUCCCCAAAAUAUUUGGACCUCAAGAGAAUUAGGAGCUCGACAUAGAACAAUCUAAAAAGGCUUUCGAACAAAUUGGAGAAGAUAUUAAUAGCUUUCAAUAAAAAAAUGAUCUAAAAUAGUUAAGUAUUUAAUAGAUUGCAAUGGGAUUCAUUAAGGUAGCCAAUGAGUCAAUGUGCAGACCUAUUCGAUAAAUGACUCAGGCUAGAGGAUAUAAUCCCAGAGACCAUAUUUUGAAUAUAUUUGGUGGAGCUGGUGGAUAACAUGCUUGUUCACUUGCCAAGGAUCUUGGAAUAUAAGUAAAUUUAAUCAAAUUAACAUUUCAGAAAAUUUUUAUUCAUAAGUAUUGUGGUAUUUUAAGUGCAUAUGGAUUAGGCUUAUCAGAUGUUGUUUAAGAAAAUGAAGAGCCAUUUAUGAGCAUUUAUGACUCUUCAAAUUUGCCUAAUAAAUAUCUCAAUCUAAGAUAUGAGGGAACAGAUACUUCCAUUAUGGUUGAAAGUUCUUUUGAUACUAACUAUGAUAGUAAAUUUCAACAGAUGCAUCAAAGAGAAUUCGGCUUUAUGCUUUAAAAAAGGAGAAUUUUGAUAGACAACAUUAGGGUGAGAUCUCUAGCUAAAUCAUAGAUCUUAAGUUAAAAAUAAAUUGAGAGAACAAAUGGAGCACUUCCAGAACCAGAAACAAUAACUACCACUUUCUUCGACUAAAAUGGAUAAGUUUGCUAACUAGAUACGCCUGUUUAUAGCCUAGAAAAGCUUAAGGCCAAAGAUAUUUUGCAAGGUCCAGCAAUAAUUCUUAAUCAAACCAGUACUAUUUUGAUAGAGCCAGAUUGCACAGGCUAGAUUGAUGAUUUCGGUAAUGUAUUCAUCGAUGUUGGAGAAGCCUAACAAAGAGAUUAAUUUAAAAAGUAUAAAUCUAUUGAGGAGGUACCAUUUGAUAUAGUAGAACUUUCUAUUUUUGGACAUAGAUUUAUGUCAAUUGCAGAAUAAAUGGGACUGACACUUUAGAAAACUUCUGUCAGCACUAACAUUAAAGAACGACUGGACUUUUCAUGUGCUUUGUUCGAUCCAUCUGGAAAUCUUGUUGCAAAUGCUCCUCAUUUACCAGUGCAUUUAGGAUCAAUGUAAGAGGCUGUGAGAUAUUAAGUAAAUCUGUGGGGUGAAAAUUGGUUAGAGGGAGAAGUUAUCGUUACUAAUCAUCCUAAAGCAGGUGGGACACAUUUGCCUGAUAUUACAGUCAUCACACCUGUCUUUUCGAAUGGAAAGCCUGUAUUCUAUGGUAUACAACCAGGAAGCAUGCCUAGCUUCUCGAAGGAUCUAAGCGAAGAAGGAGCAGCUAUUGAAACGUUCAAAUUAGUUUAAGAUGGAGUUUUCUAGGAGGUUGGGAUCACUGACCUUUUAGUUAAUUAAAGUGGAGAUAAUCCUUUGAUCCGAGGAACACGAAAUUUAGCUGAUAAUAUUUCAGAUUUAAAAGCCUAGAUAGCUGCAAACAAUAGAGGUAUAAUGCUAGUGCAAAGUCUUAUAAAUGAAUACUCUCUAAUAUAUGUUCAGGCCUACAUGAUCAAUAUUUAGCAGAAUGCUGAAUCAAGUGUCAGACAGAUGUUAACUCAACUGAGCAUCUAGUAAGGAUUAAAGGAAAUUGAUACUGUUCAUGCUAUUGAUUAUAUGGAUGAUGGAAGCAUGAUAAAACUAUCCCUGACUAUUGAUAGAACCAAAGGGGAAGCAGUAUUCGAUUUUAAUUUCAGCAAUCAUUUAUUGUCUAAGAUGCCUUGUUAAUUCAGAAAUUCCACUGAAUCAAGGAUGUCUAAAUCCAAUCAAGCAGCUGUUGUUGGAGGAAAUGUAGAAACAUCAUCAAGAAUAACAGAUGUUAUCUUAAAAGCAUUCUAAGCUUGUGCAGCAUCAUAAGGAACAAUGAAUAACUUGACAUUUGGUGAUAAGUCAUUUGGAUAUUAUGAAACAAUUGCUGGAGGUUCAGGAGCUGGACCUUACUGGCAUGGUAAAAAUGGUGUCCACACCCAUAUGACCAAUACAAGAAUUACUGACUGUGAGAUUUUUGAGAUUAGAUAUCCUGUCUUGUUAAGAGAAUUUCAUUUUAGAGUAGGAAGUGGAGGCCUCGGAAAAUUCAAUGGUGGACAAGGAAUAAUAAGAGAAAUUUAAUUUUUGAAAGAUGAUAUUGAGGUUGGUAUUUUGAGUGAGAGAAGAACUUCUGCCCCAUAUGGUCUCAAAGGAGGAGAGGAUGGUCAUAGAGGAAAAAAUAUCAUUAUUCAUCCUGACGGAAAACUCUAAAAUUUUGGACCUAAAAACUCCACAAUACUUAAGAAAGAUGCAAGAAUAAGAAUUAUGACUCCAGGAGGAGGUGGUUACGGGGCUUAAUGA